GAUCACCGCUGCACUCCCCAGUUCAGAGCAGGCAGUCUCUAGUUGAGAAGCAUGUACUUUGCAGAGAACAAUGUCUUUUAUCCUCAAACAUGGAAACAAGACCCUCGCAAACUGUGGAUAUUUCAACAGAUCCCACAACAACCAAACACCAUCUUCCAGGACCUCUCGGGAGCUCUCCAAAUACCUCCGAUUCGACAUGGACAUGUCAAGGAAGACCUGGUGGAUCUGAUGAUGAUCCAGAACGCCCAGAUGCAUCAAGUGGUCAUGAAUAACCUCACCAUGGCAGCGCUGAAGGGAUUCGGGUACAGUGCACAGGCCCGGCCUGCCAUGCAGAACCGCAUGUCCAUCAGAAUGGAAGACAGCGAGCCAGAUACAAUCUAUCACCAUCAUUACGCACCUUGGCCAUACACUGUGUAUCCCUCUUGGUCACACCAGGUUCAAACCCAGAGUCAACCUCAAGCGCAGCACAUGGUGAGAGGACAACAGGAGAAUCUGAGGCCUACAGUACGCCACCUCAGUGGAGAUGCGCCCCCUAGUCCCCGGAGAGAGAUGUAAGUUCCUGGCUGCUGUGUUGUGGUGGUAAUCCACAAGCCCAGGGUGAACUCUGGGAUCAUGUACAAAAUGCAGCCAGAGGGUAAAUGUGGACUGGAAAAGUCUUCCUUGCUUAUACCCUUGAUGGCAGGUGUCACAGAUUGUUGUAAAAAUCCACCCUGUUCACUAUUGUCCAUUCCAGGUGUAUAACUGCCAUUUGUAUCUUGUCUGGCCUAUGUUUGAUUCCACACCCCCAGCAAUGAGCAUGAC